AUGAUGUUUGUUUCAAAGAAAAUAUUGAUUUAAUUACAUCACAACUUGUAAAAGCCUUCGCUUUUUCAGAUCGUACGGAUAUUCUGCACUCUACGCUGAGCACUCGAGGUUGAAGAAAAAGAUGAGCACACCUUUAGUGGAGGAUCGGGGAUGUCGUGUUUCGAUAACAGAGCAACAAUUGGUAUGUUUAUCUUUCAUUCUCUUUUACUUUGGGUUUAGUUAUGUAAGAAUCAAUGUGGAUUCUAUGGAGCUCCUCAGUGGAAUAAUCUCUGCUCCCAAUGUUAUCGGGCUCAUCAGUUCGAGCAGAAGAGGGCUCAGCAUUUUAAUCGAAACAGGUAAGAGGUUCUUCUAUGGAGACGAUUAGGCUUGUCUACUGCAAUAAUGUGGAUGUUUUUAUUUUAGUCUUUGCAUCGUUAGACAAUCUGUGCACGUUUCUUAUCGAUAAGUUUGCUCUUUUCAGGUCUCUUCUAAGUCAAAAUGACCGGCGUUUGUCCGUCGAUCCAAAGACUUCUCUUCGCGCGAUUAUCAAGAAGUCUCCUUCGAUGUUUUCCACUUCAAGCAGUAAGUCCACUUUCAAUUUUAAGCCUAAUAUCUUCUGUUUCCACAUUCCUUGAGGUCUUUGGUUGUUUUAUCGUGUGUUGCGAUGAAACUGUAAAUAUUAUGCUUGUUUUUCUCCAUGUUUUUCUAGAGUUUUGUCGGUUUCUGAGGAGUAGAAAGAGAUUGAGGUUUGAUCCCCAGAAAUCAAAAAAUUUCGUGGUGUUUCACUGAUUAAGAAACACCAGCUAAACAAUCGAAUCAGAUUGUAUAAUUUUGUAAUCCUGAAUAUAUAUAAGCCUAUUUCUUGCGAGAAGUGUAACUCGCUCCUUUUCUAGCCAUUUAUUCAUUCCAAAAAUAUAUUAUGCCAGUUGUAUAAGGUAGAUUAAGGCCAUUAUUCCGCUUUUUACUCAGUCCUUCCCGUCUGUGCUGACCUUUUUUUAUCAAAAAUGGAGCCACCCCAAUAACUUUUCAGACAUUUUUGCAGCCCCAGCAGUUUUCUAUUAUUUCAUCGGCACAGAAUUCUGUUCUUUAGAGAUUAAUAUGGGUUUAUUUGGUAAAAGGAAGCGAUUUUUAUAUAAUAUGAUCAACGAGUGCAAUAUUUUUAGUCCAGAGCACAUCAAAAUCGUGGCUUCUGUGGGGAGAGUGCAUCUUUAGUUGAUUUUGGAGAAGGAUUCAUGCUGGGUUUAGGUCUAUUUUGCAUAAUUUUUACUUGAUUCGAUUGCGAAAUUGGUUAUUGAACUUGUGAGUCACGUUUUGGUUUCUGGUAAGCUGUUCCAAUCGAGAAGGGGUUAUUUUUGAGCGGGAAGCCAGUUGAUGAAAGUCCAGAGAACUCGGUUGUUUGGUUUAGAAACGUAUUUGUUGCAAAAGGCGUAUGAUUUUUUGUGUUAAUUUUUGCGUGGCCUCCAUUGAAAUUUUUCUUUGACCUUUUACUUUUUAUUACUCUAGUUUCUGAUGAUGAUUCCAGACAGCAGCUCAAUUGUUUUGCCCUUUAUUAACGCUUUUUGAGUUCACAUGUCUUUUUAGUGAUAUAAAUACAAAAGAAACUCCUCGGGACCUUAUUGUUCUAACUAUCUCGGGUCACGAGAGCACCCGCAAGACCGUUCUCAACCUAAAAGAAGCUGUUCGGAUGGAAAAUUAAUCAGAUUCCGGACUGAUAAGGGUAGGAUGACUGGGUUGGCGGGUUCGAAGCCGGGGAUGUUAUGUUAUCAAGUGUAGAAGGGGGUUUAUUUUGAGUUUUGUCAUUGAUAUAUUGCAAUAUUGGCGGGUUCUUGCGAGAUUGUCACCAGUUUGAGAGAGAAAUAACUAUAUUAGAAUGAAAAUGAAGUGGUUUCGAUGGAAAUUAGAUGAAGGGCUACCGAUUAAACCGGCAAAACUUGAGGGUCUGGAUCUGCUGAUCAUUGCUGACAAAUCCGAUGAUAACCCCCAAAUUUCAGACAACGGAUCUCCCACUCAUGAGCGCCAAUCCAGAAGGUAAGCCUUUAUUUUGUUCAUUUUUGUCAUCACCGGUUGUGGAAAUAGUUUUAUGGAGGUUUUUUUGUCCAUUUUGAGACCAGAAAUUGAUGUUUUCUUUCGCUCGGAUAAUCCCCCCAAUUACAGUCUUUCCCCGGAAUCUCUGGCUGUCGAAAAAGCCUUCAGAAGUUACUUGAUGAAGAACUUCCAACCAAUUCCUGCGGCUGAUUUGGAAAGAAAUUGCAAGGAAAUUAUUGAGACCAUAAAAGAAGUAGGUGAUUUAUUUUUGAUAUGGAUUAAACUCGUUUUGGUCCUCAAUCUUAUCUUAUUUCAGCAUGAAAACGAUUCUAUGGAAGACCUGUCCCUACUUGUGGUAAACUUUUACAAACAGUUAGCCGACAAGGCCAACAGAUAUCGCGCAACAAACCCCGAGUUUACUUCAACUGCUCUUUUGGAACAAGUCGAAACUUAUAUCUCAGUCAAAGCCCACAAAUUCUUGUUCUGCACUAAGCAAGUUGUCUUAUUUUCGAUUAAUUUUGUGUUUUAGAACUGACGAAGAAGUUGCUGAUCUCUCUCUCCAAGAACGGAUUCGUUCUCUCCAUUGGGUACCUCAAAUCUUCGAAACUUCUCUGGACUUUGACAGUCCCACUGUAGAAGAGCACUUGGAUGACGCGGUCAAUGAAAUCAUCUACAUGAACUCCCAUAAAGCCAUUGAAGAAAAGCUGGCUUGUCUUGUCAGGUGUUCUAAUAAAAUUUUCGAUGCCCUCAAAGCCAGCACUGACGCCCCUGCUGGUGCCGAUGACUUUCUGCCAUGCCUUAUUUAUGUUGUUCUGAAGUCGAAUCCCCCUCUCAUCCAGUCAAAUCUAAAUUUUAUCAGUCGAUUUGGAUGCCCAUCGAAGGUGGCGAGAGGAGAAUCAGGUAAGAAUUUGAAUGUGAAGUGUUGUAAUCGUUGUUGAAGGCGAAUUUAUUAUGGUGAUCGGUCUUCCAGGAUAUUAUUUUACCCACCUUUCUUGUGCUCUCCAAUUUAUUCAAGACAUGACGGCAGAAAAAUUGAACAUUUCCAAUGAAGACUUUGAAGCAUAUACGACGGGAACAAAGAAGGCCCCAGUCGCCAGAAGAUCUCAUGUUUCUGUAAGUUUUGUAUUUUUGUGAGAAGUUUUGUUUUUUACUAUGGUAACAAUAAUUAUUUCAGGCCACCAAAUCUCUCGAAAACUCUUUAAAAAAAAUAAAUGUUCUCUCAGAAAAUCAAAAACGACUAAGUGAGAGGGCUGAUGAGCUGGUAAAGAAUACUUUUCAGUAAGUUUGGACUUAUUUAUGGCAUCUUCUAUAUGAAUAUUUAUUUUUAGACGAAUUGAUAGUAUAAAAAGCGCCGUUGAUGGCCUGGAUCGAGAGCUCAUGAUGCCGCCGACUGUCUCUCUCAAACAAACAGUAAAUGGGGAAAUCGAAGUUGUUCAACUUGAUGAAAAAGGAAAUGAAAUUCCAUUUGGGGAAGAGCCCUAUCCAGUCAUCGAAAAAGAAAAUGUGGAUGAAAGCUUGGAUGUCACGGAGGAUCGCGUACCAUCAAGGAGUUCCACAAUUGUAGAGAAAGAAGAAGAUCAGAAACAAGAAUCUGCAGAACCAUCGACGUCAAGUUCCAAUAAUAUUGAAGGGAAAUGA